AUGAAAUGGUAUGCCAAUGAGAAAAUCCAGGGCAAACAGGACUACAACAUGGCGGAUGCCAUGCUCAGUUUUGUCCAAAAACAUAACAUUCAAGUCCGUGGCCACAACAUUUUCUGGAACAACCCCCAGAACAUGCCCUCGUGGACGCGUUCUCUUUCACCAGCACAACUCUCUUCAGCUGCAUCCAAAAGGAUCAAUUCGGUGAUGAAUCAAUACCUAGGCCAACUUAUUCACUGGGAUGUUGUGAACGAAAACGUCCACUUUUCGUUUUUAGAGAAUAUACUCGGAAAAAAUGCGUCUGCUAUUUAUUACAAGAAGGCUAAUGAAAUCGAUAGCAAGGCAAUUCCAUUCUUGAAUGAUUUCAAUACAAUUGAACAUGAGUUUGAUGGAACUUCAAAUCCAGCAAAGUACUUGGAAAAAAUUCGAGAUCUUCGAUCCCACGGUUAUAAUGGGCCGUUGGGAAUUGGGGUGCAGGGGCAUUUUGUCAAACCAAAUUUACCUUAUAUAAGAUCUUCUCUUGAUAUGCUUGCUUCAGCUGGAUUGCCAAUUUGGAUCACUGAGUUAGAUGUUGCAAACACCACCAAUCAGGAGGUAUAUUUGGAAGAGAUCAUAAGGGAGGUUCAUGCACAUCCAGGAGUGAAAGGAAUAAUGAUAUGGGCACCAUGGGGUCCUAAAGGGUGUUACAGAAUGUGUUUGACUGAUAACAAUUUCAAGAAUUUGCCUACUGGAGAUAUUGUUGACAAGAUUAUUAAAGAAUGGAGUCAUCAAGGUUUUUCUGGUACUACUAAUGAAAAUGGCAUUUUUGAAACUUCACUUUUUCAUGGAGAAUAUCAAGUUGAAAUCAAUCAUCAUGAAAAACAAACAUAUGCCUCCAUGGCUCAGAAAGUUAAGGUGGCAGCACAAAAGGAUGGAACAAGGGAAAAUUCACAUUACACAAUUUUUGUUUGA